AUGGAAGCUAUUGUGUGUGCAUCACAUGGAGCAAUGGGCUCCUUGCUGUGGAAGCUGGGUGCCUUGCUCUCUGAUGAGUACAAGCUUCUUAGUAGUGUGAAGGUGGAUAUGAUGUUCCUUAAAACUGAGCUUGAGGUCAUUCAUGCUUUCCUAAAGAAGAUGUCAGAGGUGGAGGACCCUGACGAGCAGUCCAAGUGCUGGAUGAAGGAGGUGCGGGAGCUGUCCUACGACAUUGAGGACAGCAUCGACAGUUUCAUGUUCUCUCUUGGUUGUGAGUCCAACAGCGAACCUAGAGGCUUCAAGGGGUUUGUUGGUAGGUGCUUGAACUUGUUUGCAGAUGUUAAGACACGUCAUUGGAUUGCCAAGAAGAUCAAACGUCUCAAAUGCCAUGUUAUAGAGGCUAGCAAUCGGCAUGGGAGGUACAGGGUUGAUGAUGCUGUCCCCAGAUUGAGUAGAACAAGCAUAGACCCUCGCUUGCCGGCAUUGUACACUGAGACAACAAGGCUUGUUGGCGUUGAUGGCCCAAGGGACAAACUUAUCAAGUUGCUAACAGAAAGAGAGGGCACAACGACACAGCUGAGUGUGCUCUCCAUUGUUGGAUUUGGUGGGCUUGGGAAGACUACUCUUGCCAAUGAAGUGUACCGGAAGCUUGAAGGGCAAUUUGACUAUAGAGCUUUUGUGUCGGUGGCACAAAAACCUGACAUUAAGAAGAUAUUGUGGCAUAUACUCUGCCAGUAUCGUUGCCGAGAGUGUGGCAGCAAUGAAGUAUGGGAUGAGCAGCAACUCAUCAACACAAUAAGGCAGUUCCUUAAGGAUAAGAGGUACUUUAUUGUAAUUGAUGAUAUAUGGAGCACAUCAGCAUGGAGAACUAUCAGAUGUGCUUUUCCUGAAAAUAAUUGUUCCAGUAGAAUAUUGACAACUACUCGCAUCAUCACAGUUGCUAAGUAUUGUUGCUCUCCUCACCAUGACCAUGUGUAUGAACUGAAGCCUCUUGAUGCAGCUCACUCUAAGAGCUUAUUUUUUAAUAGAAUUUUUGGUUCUGAAGAUAGAUGUCCUCUUCAUCUGAAAGAAGUUUCCAAUGGAAUAUUGAAAAAAUGUGGUGGCUUACCAUUGGCAAUCAUUACAGUAGCUAGUUUAUUGCUCACUAAAGUUAUUACAAAAGAAGAAUGGGAGAAGAUGCUGAAGUCUAUUGGUUCAGCACUUGAAAAAUAUACAGAUAUGGAAGAGAUGAAGAAGAUUCUUUUGCUUAGUUACAAUGAUCUCCCCUACCACUUGAAGACAUGCUUGUUAUAUCUAGGUGUGUUUCCUGAAGAUUAUGAGAUUAAGAGGGAUCGAUUGAUAAGAAGAUGGAUUGCUGAAGGUUUUAUCACUACAGAAGGUGGAAAAGGGAUGGAGGAAAUAGGAGAAUGCUAUUUCAAUGAGCUUAUCAACAGGAGCAUGAUUCAGCCUGUUGGAACUCAGUAUGAUGGUCGGGCUGAUGCUUGCCGUGUCCAUGAUAUGAUUCUUGAUCUCAUCAUAUCCAAAUCAGUUGAAGAAAACUUUCUAACCUUAUGUGGUGACGAAAAUCACAAGCUGGUGCAACAAGAUAAGGUUCGUCGGCUAUCCAUCAACUAUCAUGCCCGAGAUGAUAUUAUAGUGCCAACAAAUAUGAUUGUUUCUAAUGUUCGAUCCCUCACUAUCUUUGGGUAUGCUGAGAAUAUGCCUGGUCUUUCCAACUUUCUACUCUUGCGAGUUCUGGAUCUAGAAAAUAGAGUGGUGCUGGAAUACAAUUACCUUAGACACAUAGGUAGGCUUUCUCAGUUGAGGUACCUCCGACUCAGUUCAAGAAGAAUAACUGCACUUCCUGAACAAAUAGGAGAUCUACAAAAUUUGCAGACCUUAGAUUUGAGGUGGACAAGGAUUAAAAGGUUGCCACAGAGUAUUGUUCUCCUACGACGAUUGACAUGCCUGUUGGUUAACAGUUUAGAAUUGCCUGAAGGAAUUGGAAACAUGCAAGCUCUACAGGAAUUAUCAGAGAUUGAAAUUAAUUGUCAUACAUCAGUGUCUUCUUUGCUGGAACUUGGCAAAUUGACUAAUAUAAGAAUUCUUGGGCUAAAUUGGUGCAUCAUCGAUACAAAUUAUGUAACAAAAAUCCAUGCAGAUAGUUUGGUUAUGUCCCUCUGCAAAUUAGGCAUGCUCAAUCUUCGAUCGAUACAGAUUCAAAGUUAUCAUAGUUGUUCCCUUGAUUUCUUACAGGAUUCUUGGUUUCCUCCGCCCCGUCGCCUCCAAAAUUUUGAUAUGUCCAUAGACUACUAUUUUCCUAGAAUCCCAAACUGGAUGAUCUCACUGGAGUACCUCAGUUACCUAGACAUAUAUCUUACUCCAGUGGAUGAGGAAUCAUUUCGAACCGUGGGGGAUUUGCCCUCUCUGUUAUUUCUCUGGAUAUCCUCAAGAGAAGCAAAGCCUAAAGAAGGGGUUAUUGUCAGCAGCAAUGGUUUCCGUUGUCUGAAGGAGUUCUACUUCACCUGUUGGGAAAUUGGUACAGGGCUGACUUUUGAACCAGGAGCCAUGCCAAUGCUUGAAAAACUCCGGAUUCCAUUCAACGCACAUGGUGUGUGCUCUUUGCACGGUGUUCUGGAUUUUGGAAUCUGGCACCUCUCUUCCCUAAGGCAUAUCCAAGUUGAGAUUAUUUGUCAUGGUGCGUGGCUUAAGGAGGUGGAGGCCGUUGAGGAAUCUGUCAAGAAUGCAGCCAGCAACCUUUCUGAUGAGCUCUUCCUUGAUGUAAGAAGAUGGGAUGAAGAAGAGAUUUUGAAGGACGGGGAGCAUAAACUGGAGGAAGAGGAGUUCAGUUCUUAUGAUUCAAAGCAUAAGUCAUUGUUGAGGUUUGAUUUCUUCUCUUAA